CGUCGCACAUGCCCCCUCCCCCCUUGAGAAGUGCGCUCUGUUAACGACCCAGAUCGGGGCGGGGGGCUCUCCUUGGACACCCAGUUCCCCAAAGGGCGUGGGAGCAGAGUUCAUUGUCCUGAUCUAGGCUCAGCGGUGGAAAGUCUCUGGGCUCAGAAGUGGGUGUGGGGGGAGGAGGACGGUGUAGCCUUGGGGACCCACCCGCCCCCCAAAUUCAGUGGGAGCCGCGUUCACCAGCCCGAUGAAACUGAAAGAGGAGAACUAGCUGCUAGGGUGUUGCCGAGCCGCUCAGUCCGACUCGUGCACAGGAGGUAGGUGGAGUCAGGGAGGGAGUAGCAGCUCCAUCCAUGCAGCUCCCCCACCCCAAGGAAUCACCCCCUACAGAGGCGAUCAGGGGAAGGGGUGGGGGCUCCUUCCACUCGCCUCGGGAGGGUCCUGCAGCCUAUGCGGACAGCGCUGGGCAUUGGCCGUGGGGGCGGCCAAAUAAGCCCACGGGGGAGCCCAAGUUGUGCAUUGCAGCUUUAAAGGGGCUGGUGAUUGACAGGGCAUGUAGCAGUGGAUGGGGUGGAGCUGCUGGGUGGGGUCAGGGACAGGCAGCUGGUGAAAACGAAAAGAGAGAGAGGGGGGAAAAAACAACAUUGCCCCCCCACCCCCGCCAUCAGCAAACACAAGGCGAGGAAGAGGAGAGGGGGAAGAGGAGGAAGGCUGAGUGGGAGCAGAGCCUUUCCAAGAAGCCCAGAGCCUCCCCCACCCACCUACUCCACCCUCCCCUCCCUUCAGCACAGCUAAGCACCCAGAGCUCGCCCCGUGCCUGCCCGAGCCCACGGGGAGGCAGAGGGAGGACCCCCCCGAGCAAGCCCAGGGGGAGCAGGAGGAGAUGCACUCCGAGGAGCAGAAAGAGAAAGUACCACCAUUGCUGGGCCAGUGCCCCCCAGCCAGCUGACCCGGAGCAUUCUUAGCAUGUGGUUUCCUUCUACAAAGUCACCUGGCAGUGGUUGCAGGCUCAGUCCAGAGUAAGGUGCUGCCCAAGAUGAGCUCCUCAUCGCUGCUGGAGGACAGCUCCAUAGAUCCCCCGGUGCUGCUAACCGACAUCAAGACAGAGCCCCCCGAAGAGCUGCUGGCCAGCGACUGCAACCAGCCCCAGGCCGAGCCAGUGGACCUGUCACUCAACAAGCCCAAGGUGUCGCUGCAGUCCUCCACCCUGCUGCCCUCCUCCAUCAGGUCCUCGCCCAUGCUGGUGGCACCGCCCAUCCAGGCCCCCGUGGUCUCCAUGUCACCCACGGGGCUGGGCUCUUCUUCCGCCAUCCCCGCUGUGCUGUCUCCUGGCUCCAUCCUGGCCUCCACGCAGGGCAGCGGGGGCCAGCAGAUCCUGCACGUCAUCCACACAAUCCCCUCGGUCAACCUGCCCAGCAAGAUGGGCAACUUGCAGACCAUCCCAGUGGUGGUGCAGUCCCUACCCGUGGUCUACACCACAAUGCCCACAGACGGGGUCACCGCUGCCAUCACCGUGCCCCUCAUCGGCGGCGAUGGCAAGAACGCCGGAUCCGUGAAAAUUGACCCCAGCUCCAUGUACCCCCUGGAGAUGAACAGUGACAGCGAGGACAGCGUCACAGAGAGCAGCUCAGCCCCCUUCCAGGACCUGCAGAGAGAGUCGCGGUCGCCUGUGGCCCGGAUGCAGCGGGCUGAGUCCCCCGACUUGAAGAAGAGGCGGAUUCACCAGUGUGACUUCGAGGGCUGCAACAAGGUGUACACGAAAAGCUCCCACCUCAAAGCACACAGGAGGAUACAUACAGGAGAGAAGCCGUACAAAUGCACCUGGGAAGGCUGCACCUGGAAGUUUGCCCGUUCCGACGAGCUCACCCGGCAUUUCCGCAAGCACACGGGCAUCAAGCCCUUCCGCUGCUCGGACUGUGACCGCAGCUUCUCACGCUCGGACCACCUGGCCCUGCACCGCCGGCGGCACAUCAUGAUGUGAGGGGGGGAGGAGGGCCUCCAGCUCCUCCACCGCCCCUGGCCGCCCACCCCUGCCUCACCGGCCACGGUAAAGAGACUGCGAGACGGGAGGCACCGUCCCCAGCUUGAUUCAGCCUGGCAGCAGGCUGGAUGCCAGCUUGGCACCUGUGGCUGCCCACACCUGAGAAAGCAGACCUUCUACCAUGCACACGAGGGCUAGAAAGAGGCUCUGGAGAGAUGCCCUGCUCCCUCUCUUCUGUUCACCUCCCCUUCCUUAAGUGGCUGGAAAGCUCCAGGAUUCCUUGAAAUGACACCCAGCUCCUCAUCUGGCUUCGAUUUUUUUUGCACAUUGCCUCCCCCUCCUGGGUCAGGAAACACAGAGGAUGUCCGGCACGUGUGUGCACAGCCCCAGCUUGUCCCAGCGCGACCCUGGCCUUGGCGAGCGAAUCAGACUGGCCGGACGGCAUCGCUGCUGGCAGAAGGCUGCUGCUGGGGGUUGGAUUGGGGGUUUGGCUCAUGGCUAGGGGCUGGCUGUCUCCUACCAACGGGCUGAUGCAAUAGGACUCUGUUCUGGUGAAGCUGGCACUGCCGCCUCUCCUGUUCCACGACACGUCAUACGUGGCUUGUCCUAGCUGGUCCAUUGGACUCCCUGAGCUCCCGAGGCACUGCUGGCAUUGGAGAGCCCGCCUGGCCUUGGCUUGAUCUCUCUCUUUUAUGAACACGUGGGUAACUGGCCGUUAACGAAGAGGCCUCAUUAUGUGAGGACAAGGGGUUUGUGGUGUUACCUGAGGAGGGAGGGCCCGAGGAACAAAGAAAAGGGAAAACUUUGCGGAACAUGGAACUGUGAUGAUUUUAUCUGAUUUUAGGGGUGGGUGGGUUGGGGACCCUGAAUUCUGCCCAUGCUGCAGGGCCAAGGAAUAGGACAGUAGAUGCAUUUCUAACUUAAACCUAGCAGCCUGGACACGGACUAUUGCAUUUUUCUAUUGCUCAUCUGGCCUGCAGAGGCUGAGCCGGCGCUGCGCUCUGGGUGGACUCGGGGCUCUGUACUGGAUCGUUUUGGACUUGAUCUUGGGGGGCUGACGGGGUGGCCACAGGGCUGGAAAUACGUCCGUGCACAGUUUUUUAAGAAUUGCUUUUUCCCUUCCCUUCUGCAGGGGCGGAGCUAAGAACCUGAUGUUUUUCCAGAUGCUCCUUUUUGUGUCUCCAUCUUUCUUUCUGAUGGAUUUGAGUUUGGCAAAUGCAGGGAUGGAGUGCACCUGCCAGACAGCAUCUGUGCUGCCCUCGGGAGAGGGGGCGAGUGCAGUGGCUGGAAUUGGUGAGGGGAGGGAGCCGGGAAGGAGAAGAUCAUCAAGAUGAGGCAAACUGGAUCCUCAUUCUGCCACCAGCCUGGGCUAGGGAUGUGGUGUUCCAGCUAAAGCCAAGAAUCUGCCAGCAAUCCUGGUAUUGACACGAUGUAUAUGCUGAAGGGGAGAGACUGGGGAGUCCCGUUAAAUGUUUGGUACUGGCUCUGCUUAUCACAUUAUUUCCCCUUUGCUUCCCAAUCCAGCUCAGCACUGAGUUCAUGUAGGCCCCCCCAACUGCAUUUCACUGGGCAGAUUCUCUUUCUUCCUCGCAUCCCUUUCAUUUAAGAAGGCUCUUGAUCCAUAGGUGCCAAUUCUGUGGGUGCCCCUGGGCUCAAGCACUCACUGAAAAAAAUAGGGGGUGCCCAGCAGCUGCAGGUCCUGAGGAAUCUUUUGUGGGCCCUGGCACCUGGACUGUGGCCCCCGCCUGUGCUCCACCCCUGCUCCGCCCUGAGGCCCCGCCCUCG